AUGCUGCUACGCCCUCCGUUGCCUGAAGACGAUGAGCAGGUUCUGAUCGCCGCCGACUUUUCCCCAGCCUGCUUCAGUCCCUCAACAGCCUGCGCGGCCCUUGGUAACCCAGGCGACGACCGAGCCGGUAUAAUUUUCUAUGACAGAAAUAGCGUGAGGGGCGGGUGGCUAAGUUUAACGGGAGACCUCGACACAGUCCUCAACCGUCGUCCUUUCUCGUCCGGGUUUGGAAUCGGCAGGAUGGCUGAGUUGGAGCCGUCUUCAUUUGAAGGGACAGCUGCUGGAGGACUGAAGGUUAUACGGCAUUUGAGACUUAGUGUUUGCGAUAUUUUUGAAUAUCUGGAAUUGACGCCAUCGGAUAAAGAAGGCAGGCUGUUGACGGAUGAAGCCACUUUCAGUAAUGAACUGAAGAAAAAGCUGCAGAAUGUUCUUGACAAUUUUGAGCUUUUGGACAAAUGUGCUACGACGAUUCAAAAGCAGAACAACUAUGCCCUGACUGAGAACGUGAACAUUUUGCUCAAGAACUACACGGGGGACCAGUUGGAUCUGUACCCGAGUGCACUUAGCGUUUACAACUGGAUCACGAGAGCUAAGGAACACUGUAACUGGUCGUACCUUUACAUCAAUCCAAUGACGAGAAGAAAUCAGUCGAAAUGCGCUCGUCGGUUUCUGCAGCCGUCGUUUCUCCAAGUUAGCUCAACGUAA